CACACAUGAGAAAUACAUGAAUGAACGUACCCAUAAAUAUUUCCAACCAAAGUUUCAAACUUGAUCAACAAAAAAAACAACCCAAAAACAAAACAAAAAAUCUUUGUGUCUUAUUGAGCUUUUUGUCUAUAUAUAUGUUCAUCAACAUACCAAAUUGAAAACCCAUUAAUAUUUUCUACCAAAGUUUCAAUCUUGAUCAACCCAUUAAUAUUUUCUACUACCAAAGUUUCAAUCUUGAUCAACCCAUUAAUAUUUUCUACCAAAGUUUCAAUCUUGAUCAACAAAAACCAACCCAAGUUUUUAAUUUCUCUUUCAAUUUUUUUUUGAGAUGGUGUUAGGUUGGGGAAGAAGGAAGAACAACAAAAAGAACAAAGGUGGAAAACCAAACAUGGAAGUGGUGAUUCCAAAUCAAUUCAAGUGUCCAAUUACUCUUGAUUUGAUGAAAGAUCCGGUUACAUUAUCAACAGGAAUCACUUAUGAUAGAGAGAGUGUUGAAAGAUGGUUUGAUGAAGGAAACAUCACUUGUCCACUUACAAAUCAAGUUGUGAGAAAUUUUGACAUGAUUCCAAAUCAUUCUCUUAGGAUAAUGAUUCAAGAUUGGUGUGUUGAGAAUAGACAAAAUGGUUUUGAGAGGAUUCCAACUCCGAGGAUACCGGUUAGCCCGACCGAUGUUUCCGAGCUUGUUUUUCGAGUUAAGGAAUGUGCAAGAGGUUUGGAUCAAUAUGGUUGUGUUGAGUUGGUUCAAAAAAUGGAGAAAUGGAGCAAUGAAAGUGGGAGGAACAAGAAAUGUAUAGUUGAGAAUGGAGCAAUAAGUGGAUUGGCUUUAGCUUUUGAAGCUUUUGCUAAUGAUUCUAUCGAGAGGAAUUUGAUUGUUUUAGAAGUGAUUUUGUCAUCACUUAAUUGGAUGUUUCCACUUCAAUUAGAAGCUCAAGAAUCUUUAGGCUCAAAAGCUUCUUUGCAUUGCAUGGUUUGGUUUUUGAAGCAUCAAGAUGUUAAGGGAAAAGAAAAAGCUAUUAUUGCAUUGAAAGAGAUUCUUUCUUUUGGUGAUGAGAAGCAUGUGGAAGCACUUUUGGAGAUUGAAGGAGUUAAUGAGCUUUUGAUUGAGUUCAUUAACAAGAGAGUUAGUCCUAUAAUUACAAAAGCUUCAUUGAGGAUUGUUUGGUAUUUGGUUUCAUCCAAUUCUAGCUUUAAUGAAAAGUUGAAAUUUUCAUUUGUUGAAUUGGGUUUGGUUUCUUCAAUUUUGAACAUUCUUAUUGACUCAGAAAAGAGUGUUUGUGAAAAAGCUUAUACUAUUUUGGAUUCUUUAUUAAGCUGUGAUUUUGGAAGGGAAAAAGCUUAUGAAAAUGACUUAACAAUUCCUUUGUUGGUGAAGAAAAUAUUGAGAGUUUCACCAUUGACUACAGAGUACUCUGUUUCUUGUAUUUGGAAGCUAUGCAAAUUUGAAGAGAAAAACUAUGAAGGAAAAGCUUUGAUAGAAGCACUUCAAGUAGGUGCUUUUCAGAAGCUAUUAUUGGUAUUACAAGUUGGUUGUAGUGAUGAGACAAAAGAAAAAGCAACUGAACUUCUCAAAUUGAUGAAUCCUUAUAGGGCUGAGUUAGAAGAAUGCAUUGAUUCAGAUUUCAAGAAUCUUAAGAGAUCAUAUUAAGUUUUUGUAAUUCAUUUUUUUCCACCUAGAUGAUUAGUAUUAUUGUGUUUAUGUAUAAAUAUUUUUUUAGCUCAAGAAAUGAAUCAAUGCAAUUUGUGUCA